AGCGUGGUGGUCGAGUGAAAUCGAGAAAACCCCACUGCAGCGCACACACGUCACAGGAAGCAGAGGCAGCCGCAGCCCCGGCCUCGCACCCCUCGCCCCAGCUCUGCCGGGAGCAGCCCCGGCCCCUGAGCACACAGAGAGCUGGAGCGGGGGCAGGAGGGCAAACCAAGCGGGUCUUGCAAGGGGUUGCCCUGCAUGAGGGAGAGCCACUGCACAAGAGGGACCCCCUGCAAACUCAUGUCCUGAGGACCCACUGCUCUGGAGCAGCACCCCACCUGCCCAGAUGCCUCCUACACAAGGGUGAUCGCAAGGAGGGGCAGCAGCAGCAGCUGAGGCUGUGGGCAGGGGGCGAGGGCUGAACCCACAGGAUGGGGAGCCUGCCCAGCCGGGAGAAGCCACUCAGCAUCCCGCCAGUGGUUGCCGACACCACGCAGCCCCCACUGCCCAUACAGGCAGCCCCCAGCAGCUUCCUGGCCCUCUGUGACUUCCCCUCCGGCGCAGGAGCGGCUGCCGUCCUGAGGAUGGGGGAGCAGCUCCGUGUCCUCUCCGAGGAUGGGGAGUGGUGGCUGGUGGCAUCCAAGGUGUCUGGCAAGGAAUGUCAUGUCCCCAGCAGCUGCGUGGCCAAGGUCAGACACAGGUGGCUGUACGAGGGCGUCAGCCGGCAGAAGGCAGAGGAGAUGCUGCUCCGGCCAGGCAACCGCAGUGGGUCCUUCCUGAUACGGGAGAGCCAGACCAGGCGAGGCUGCUACUCACUGUCAGUGCGCCGCAGCGAGCGCGCCUCCUGGGACUCAGUGACACACUACCGCAUCCACCGCCUGGAGAACGGCUGGCUCUACAUCUCACCUGGGCUCACCUUCCCCAGCCUACAUGACCUGGUGGACCACUACUCUGAGUUCGGAGAGGGGCUGUGCUGCCGCCUCAGGGAGCCCUGCGCCAUGGAAGCGGCCCCGGUGGCCCCGGUCCCCCCCAUGCCUGCUGUUGUGAAGAAGUCAUCCCUGAACUGGGACAAGAUCGAUAGCUCCCUCCUGUUCUCGGAGGCCACGUCCCCACCGGAGGAGGACUCUCCCAUCAGCCUGGGCCUGCGGGAAGCCAUCAGCUCCUACCUCCUCCUGACAGAGGCAGCAGCCCCCAAGCAGGGCCCUGCAGGGAAAGGGGCAAAGAGCAGCUGAGGGCAGGUCCCCGCUUGUCAACAGCCCCACAGCAGACACGUGGCCCACAUCACAGCAUUGGUCUGGUUUCACCUGGGAGCCAGGUGCCCAGGGGCCAUGGGCCAGCUGAGACCAUGGUGGGGACAGGAAGGCAGUGACACUUGAGGAAGGGGCUGCCCCAGGGCUUAUCCUCCCCAAAGUUGGGCACUUUGGGAUGUGAAGUUCAAGCACCCUGAACCUCACCCAGCAGCCAUGGGAGGAGAAGGCAGAGGUUGCAGAGCCAAGGGCCCUGCCAGCCCCCCUUGCACUCCCACAGCAGAGGGAAGGGGACACAAAUGCCCAACAAGCCAAAGCCUGGCCCAGGUGUGGACACAGCCUGACUCCAUCAGACCCCUCAAGUUGAUACACAAACAUUAUUGGGGUGGAGUGGUGCAGGACAGGUCCUGCGAGCAUCAGACACCAACCAUUGUACUCACGCACCCGUAACUCACCCCUCUCCUUGUUGGGACCAGCAGCCAGCAGGAAACCAGCCUCUUAUUGCACCCCAAGUAGCUGAUUUUUAAACAUUUUGACACAUGGAUUGUACUGAAUUUAAUGUCCAUAAAACAGGAUCCUGCUGGAACAUUCAGCAGUAACCAUGUAUGGUAUCUUAAUUAAAAGGCAUCUUGUACACA